AUGAUCAGCUGCAAAACAUUGUCCUACAACAAGUUGAUGAUCAAGUUCAUCAUUUUGAUCCCUUUGAUCUUGAUCAAACGACUCAGAUUAUAUCAGAAAACGAUGAUUGGUCGAGUUUUUUGAUGAAUUCACCAAGUGCUAUUGAUGAUGAAGUUCACCAAGAAAGCAAUUCAUGUUUUGAUGUUUUAGGAGAUAAUAAAGGUGGAAAUAAUGAAAAUAUAAUUAAUAAAAAGGAAAAUAAUAUGAAGAAAAUAGUUAAUAAUAAUAAUAAUAAUAAUAAUAAUAAUAAUAAUUGGAGGUCAAGAAAAGGGAAGAUGAUACCUAGAUUUGCAUUUAAAACAAAGAGUUCUGAAGAUAUUCUUGAUGAUGGAUAUCGUUGGAGGAAAUAUGGACAGAAAUCUGUUAAGAAUAACAUCUAUCCAAGGAGCUAUUAUAGGUGCACACAUCUAACAUGCAAUGUGAAGAAACAAGUCCAAAGGUUAUCAAAGGAUUCAAGCAUUGUUGUGACAACUUAUGAAGGAGUUCAUAAUCACCCUUGUGAGAAGUUGAUGGAAGCCCUUUCUCCUCUUCUUAGCCAAAUGCAAUUUCUCUCUAGCUUAACCUAAUUAAUUUGUAAAAUUAAUCAUACUUGGUUUGUUAAUUAACUGGUUUAUCAAUUAAUUAAUUGAAGAUGAACAAUUUAUUAUGUUUAGUUUUAUAGAUUAGAAUAUGUUUAUAAUGUAUA